CUAAGCCGGGAAGCAAAAUUUCAAGAUGGCUGUCAAAACUGUGUUGUAGUGACAGUCGGCUGGUCCCGAUAAACGUUACUUUCUGAUUUUAAUCAUUUUUAGCACGAUGCCAUUGCAGUCUUAAUGCUGCUAGGAGAGAAAUGCAUAAUACAACGUGGUCCAAAACUCUGAGGGAUUACCUCAAGAAAAGAGAAAAUAAAAGUAAAAAUGUAUCAAAAUCUUCAAAUGAAGAGGAGCUGGAAAUAUUUACUUGUCUUUACAAACAAUUUAAAGGACUUCAAGAGGAUCAUGUAAAUGUACCGAGCCUUUAUUCAAAGUUACCAUCUGAGGACGAACCACUUUUACUGAAGUUACGCGAAGAAUCCAGAGCAUUGUUUCUCCAGAGAAGAAGCCGGGAGCUUUUAGACAAUGAUGAAUUGCAGAAAUUGUGGUUUUUGCUGGAUAAGCACCACACGCACCCACUUCAUGGGGAUGAACAGAUGAUAAGCUAUGAUGACUUCCUGAGGGUUCAGGAAGAAGCAGGGCAGAAGUGCAAAUCGUUUUUCCAGGCAUCAGUAUUCUGUAAGCUACUUCAAAGUGACCCUUUUGGCCGCAUCUCCAUCAUGCAGUUUUUUAACUAUGUCAUGCGCAAAGUCUGGCUCCACCAGACACGCAUUGGCUUGUCCUUGUAUGAUGUCGCAGGGCAAGGCUAUUUGAAAGAGCCUGAUCUGGAGAACUAUAUCCUAGAACUGAUACCAACACUGCCGCAAUUGAAUGGACUUGAAAGAUCUUUCUAUUCUUUCUAUGUCUGUACUGCUGUACGCAAGUUUUUCUUUUUCUUGGAUCCCCUAAGAAGUGGAAAAAUCCGGAUACAAGACAUCUUGGCUUGCAGUUUCCUCGAUGAUUUACUUGAGCUGAGAGAUGAAGAGUUGUCCAAAGAAAUGCAAGAGUCAAACUGGUUCUCCGCACCAUCAGCUCUCAGAGUGUAUGGACAGUAUCUGAAUUUGGACAAAGACAGGAACGGGAUGCUCAGCAAGGAAGAACUCGCAAGGUAUGGUACAGGGACAUUGACGGAUGUGUUCCUGGACAGAGUCUUCCAAGAGUGUUUGACCUAUGAUGGUGAAAUGGACUACAAGACUUACCUAGACUUCGUUUUGGCCAUGGAGAAUCGCAGGGAGCCUCAGGCCCUGCGCUACUUGUUCCGCAUCCUUGAUGUCCAGCACCAGGCCUACCUCAAUGUAUUCUCACUCAACUUCUUUUUCAGGGCAAUUCAGGAACAAAUGAAAAUCCAUGGGCAAGAACCAAUCAAAUUCCAAGAUGUGAAAGAUGAAAUCUUUGACAUGGUGAAGCCAAGUAAUCCAUUAAGACUAACCCUGAACGAUCUCAUAAGAAGUGGUAAAGGUGAUACUGUUGUGAGCAUUCUCAUUGACCUGAAUGACUUCUGGACGUAUGAGAACAGAGAGUACCUAGUGCCAGACCUGUCUGAUGAAGUGUGAUAUAUAAGGAAUCUCUGCAGACCUCCAACCGUUCACCAGAUCAGUCGACACGGAAACAAAAUGUGACCCUCAGUUUCGAUAAAUCAUUUUAGACAUAUUGUUGUUUUUUUCACUUUACCAUUGUGAAAUGCAGUUAUAAUCAAAAGAGCAACAUCAACACAUGAACUGUUAUAACUUCCUCAAAGAAGAAAAAAGUUGGACAAUGAUCCGGAUAUCGAACUGUGAUCUGACAAGGGUCAAUUUUGCCUCUCAUUUCAGUGUGGAAAAUAGUCAUGAAACUUAAUGUUUAUGACGAAUUCUGUUCCCAAAAAGUUUUGAGAGACUCUCAAGCUUGACGCUCAAAUUGUAAAAAUAAGACAAAUACCAUUUGUCCAUUGGAUUUCAGUAUUAGAAAGAUUCUGAGAUAUUUGAAAACUUCAUACCGGUACCUUGACAGACAGAUUUUGUUGUGACUAACUUUCAGUCAGCUUUAAGAUGUGGUGGGCAAUUGAAAUGGAUACAAACUGGAACAUUCCACCCUUCCAUCAAUACGUUGCUUUGGUCCGAUACUCACCAUCGGCAAUCAAUCGGCAUCACAGCCUUCACCUUCACUGUCCCCGUAUGUUGGUCACUUUUUCCAGGAAAGGACCCUCGUGUCUUAGUUUUCUGUUGGUUCUUAUAGUAUUCGCGGGGUAACUUAAAUGAAUUAGAUUUUUCUUGUGAAAGUCUGUAAUUUAGAACUUGUCUGUGACUUCAAUGUGGUCACAAGAAUGUGUUCUUAAGUCCUGUUUAUAUUGUAUGGUUAUUUAUUUUUUGUCUGGUACAUCAUGUAAGUUCUUACGAGUGAGAGACAUGUAUCUGGUAAAGUCCGUCCUAGAGUCCUAUUGUUUCUGAGAGUUGUUCCUGUUCACAGGAUGGUUACUCUCUGCCAUGAACAUGCCAGUCUGUUGUUGUGAAAUGAUGGGGUUUUUUUUCACUGACUGACAGCUUGCCUCUAAGAAAUAAGAACUUGGGUUCUGUGUGUCUGAUGUUUAUAUUAUGGUAAUUACUGCUCACUGCUGUUGCACGUCUAGUUGAUGUUAUGGAGAGUGGAAAGGGCCAACCGUUCUUUAUGGCAGGACUUUUUUUUUCCACUUCACCGUUUUUUCACCCGAAUUAUCUAAAUCUGGAAUUUUGACACUUCCUCUCACUGCUAUUGGUAGUGGAAUGGAUGCAGGUUUAAGUUUAAUGGUAUGGAGUAAAGUAUUUUAUUUGCCAAUGUCUGUCUUGAUUAUUUGUCCAAAAACUAAACGUCAGUUUUACUGAACAAAAAACAUGUUGAUAAAAUAUGGUUUGAUUCUACAUGUUCCUUUUGCUGAACAAAAUGGUGUGUUCAGAUUUUAUGAGGUAUUAUGUGCAACAGUCCAUUGAUCUCUCAUUGUAUUCAAGUUAUUUUGUAGCUAUUUUUAUUGACCUACAUUCUCUCCCCACUUUUUCAGUUUGUUGUAAUAGUGAACAAAGCCAGCAGUAUGGCUUUUGAAAGUCAUGAGCUGGCAAGCUACUGAAUCUAUGGAAGUCAAAACUUGCUUGAAGAGACUUCUAUUUGUACCCAUAUAUAUUAUUUUCACUGUUUAUUCUCCCACUGAACGUCCGCUGUCCAGUUGAGAUGUUGUGAUAAAUAUAAAUAUUAUAUUACAUUCAUCCCUUUGAAAAACUAGAAAUCCACAAACCUAAAAUAGCGCUCAUAUGACCUUAUGCAGUUGCGAAUGCUGUAAAACCUCUACUAUAACAAACUAAAACCUAAAAUAUAGUCCGCCUGAGGGGGGUUCUUUCCCUUAUUUCAUUCUCCUCAAAUUGUAAAUAAUCACUGCACAGAUAUUUUUACCCCUGUUCACAUGCAUUACCCAAAAUUCACCUGUAGAACCUAACAAACAUGAUUCAGAUACUGAACUGUAGCAUUAACUCUCUUGUUGUCCUCUUUGUCUGUCUGGAAGCAAUGACUAUUUCUGACCAAUUUGGUCAAUGGUAACGAUUUGUUCAAAUUCAAGGUGAUGUACAAAUACAAAAAAGUUUCUGGACUGAGCUUUACCAAAACAAAAAUCCCCCGUGGUUUCUGCAAAUUUGUGUCGUUUCGUUAAAAUGGCACUUUUGGACAGGUAUAAUCUGAAUACAGCGGUCUAGUGAAUUGUGGGAACUUCUCUGGACCUCUUUUUCAGGUUUUAUCUGGCAACUGUUGCAAAGUUUUCAUUCACAAAAACACUGUUGUUCCAUCAAGGACCAAGUGCGUAGCCUGCCUAUUAAGAAAAAUACUGAUUUUCUGUCCAUCUCAUGUGAGGUAAUUUCUUGUGAAAGCAUUGCUUGCCAAAAAAAACCUUUGUGCAAUUUUGAAUGUGAACUUAGGUACUACUUCUGAUAAAAUUGCUUUGUCUCAAGAUUGGAACAGUAGGCUUGCUCAUGCCUUAACACAGUGAUUGUUUUCUGAAAAAAGUUCUUGUGAUAUUGUAUUGUCGAGUUUCCAAAUAUUAACCGGCUUCUUUGACAACAUGAUGCUUUGUCAUCUUCUAACCGAAUUGAGCUGAAACUUUACCACUCCUUCUUUCCUGUAAAAAAUCUACCGUCCCUAUCUCCCCUCCUUCUUUUUUGUGUUUGUUACUCUCUUGUAGCACCUCUAAUCUUUGGCACUUAAUAUGACCUUACUGUGUUGCAAGUGCUGUAAAACUCCUACUAAAACUAAACUUACCACUCAGAUCACAAGUUCAUCUAAUCUCUAGUAGGCAUUUUAUGUUUUGAUUGAUUUUAGAAGUUUGUGGGAUACAACAGUCAGAGGUUUGGUGACAAUCCAUAAAUUACCUAAUAUCUAUAGGUUUUGGUUAAAUUUGAAAAAUAGAAUGACAGUCAGCAAACUUUUUGAUUGUGCCUUGUGCAAAGGGAACAUUUUGAAGAUUUUAUCAAAUUUUUCUUCCAAAAGGGAUAUCUAAAAAAAAUUUUCAAUUUGUUUAGUUUUUGUUCCCCCCUCCCCCACAUAAAAAAAAAUAAAUAGACCUCGCAAUCAGUCUUGUAGGUUGACUUUUGCUUGACUCACUGCCUUUCCACUUGGUGUCAGAGGAAAGAAACCUGUUCAUGAGGGCAACAUCCUACAGUUCAGAUGGAGAUUAGAAAGGAACAGGAUUUUUUCUCCAAAACACCUGGUCUCAGGGUAAGAAGAAUAAUGUUGCCUUAGCUCUGCUGACAAUGGAGCUGUGACUGAGACAGUAUAGAGCAGUUGUAGUCUGAUGGAAUACAGAUUGAAAGUAUACUGGAUGGGAAUUUGGUGAACAUAUGAAUGUCUUUAUUGUUUUUCAUUUUGACCUAGAGAAAAAUGCCAAAUCAGUGAGAGAGUGAGAGUCUGUGCUGCAUUGGGUAUUGUUGUACAAUGUAUUGUGUAUUCACACAAUUAAUGUGGUGUACCGUUAAUAGGUUUGGUUAUGCUUUCACGUUGUCGUGGUGCGCCUUUGUCAAAUGUUCAGGAAUAUGAUGAAAUAAUGUCAUUGCCGACAGUGUCUUUAACUGAGAAUUCGAUGCAUUGUCAUGCUUGUCCCACUGAGAUUUUUACUUUAUAGCUUUAUAGGACCUUAUACAUUUCGUCUCCUCAGUUUUUUGUCUCAUGCCUCAGAUACAAAGCUUUGAGCUAGUCACUGCCUCGACACUGUAUGAUAUUUUGCAUCGUUUUCACUGUGAAAAAAAUGUUGGCCCUCCCCUUCUUAAUAUUGGGUAUAAUUUUUGCAGCUGUGAGUCCAACAGGCGAGUGUGCUAGGGGUGUACCCGCUUUGCCAAUUUAUUUUGUUGCUUUUUAUUGUCCUGCAGAGGAAUGUAUUGUGCUGCUUCUUGAGAUUAUUUCAUAAAAGUUAAAUGGAAGGAGAAAUGGAUUGAAACACUUAUGUUGAGGACAUUAGCAACCAAGAUGUAAUACAGAAGGAAAUUCUGGUGAUUCUGAGACCAAGAUUUAGACAGUUGUAAUAUAAUUGUGUGUAUUUAAACAAGUUGGUGAAUGAACUUAAGCGUGUGUGGGGUUGUUGGGGUUUUUUUCUUAAAGAAUUUAGCAGAUAGGGAGGUUUAGAAAGAUGGUUGUCAUAGAAAAUUGAGGAUUUGUAGUUUUAUAAAAUGUAGGGCAUUCCCCAUUGAAAGUAUACCUGCUGUUUGUACUCUUGGUUGUCACAAACCAGUAUUUUCUAUCUUAUUGCAUUUAUCAUUUCAAAGAACAUUGUGUGAGAGUAUAUCAUACCCCUAUAUUUGGGCAAUAUAUGCUGUAUUGUGUUUGAUAGAAUUUUCACCUUAGAAGAAUGUUGUUGAUUGGAAAGAUGGGAAUUACAGUUAAGUCCACUUCAACCAAACACUUAGAAUCCGAGAACAUUGGUAAACAUAAAGAAAAUAGAAUCCCCCCCCCCAUUUGAGAUAACACUCUAUCCAAAAAACUCGAUUGAACCAAAUAAAAUCUGGUGACUCUGUAGAUUUCGCUUUUGAGUGGACUCCACUGUACUUUAUUUCAAUGAUUUUUUACAAUGUGUGGCAUUGUGCCGAAGUCGGGCGCUCGUCAAAAUGAUAAAAUCGAAGAAACCGGCAUUUUCUGCUGGUUUAGCAAUUUUUAUCGGAUUUUCGUUUUUCGACAACACUUAAAAGAAAUAAAAACACACUUCUGUAUGGAUUUUUUUCAUAAAAACGUUGAUUAAAGUAGGCACAAAAAAGUGUAAAUUUUUAGUUUUUAAGGACUUUCAAUCAAUGGAAAUUAUCAAAUUUGGGAGGCCAUUUUUUAUUUUUUUUAUUUUAUCUGUGAAACAAGGCGAUCCUCACCUCAAUCACAAAUAUCUCAACUGGUUUUCAAGAUUGAUGGGUGUUUUAUUCUCCGAAAGUAAGACAAAUGAACAAGCUUUAAGAUGAUAUCAAUAACUCCACAUGCCCAAAAAUUGACGGGCGCCCAAUUCCACAGCGUCAUGCCAUAAAUAUGAGUUUGCCAUCCAUAAAUUAUGUUCAUAUGAUUUUUAUCAGAAAUUGUUUUUAGAAAUGCAUUACAGGAAGGCUGAAAUCUCUUUAGAUAUCUUUAUAGAUCUAUGUAUAUAAAUGAAAGUAGCUUACAUUAUAACAUACCUGUAUCAUCGUUGAAGGUUGGAAGUUUUUUCUAUGCUUGUGGGAAUCAUAGAAACAUAACAAGGAAUCUUUUUAGGGCAGACUAAUAAUAUGGGUUCUACUGAUUUGGAUAUCAUUGAUGAAAGUUUCACCAGCAGUCAUUCUGGUCUCAAAUAUGUAAAGAUAUGUCUCCACCAGGAUGUUCAGGGUUGGAAUAGUCUUUGGUGUCUCUAAAGCACGUUUUCCCGAGUGACUUAUAACGUGUCUAGGGUAGCCUACUUAAAUGUGCUUCUAUUUGUGAAAAGUCAGCUUUUUCCACCUUACUUUCUCCACCCAACUUGUGUAUCGUAGCAUUUCUUUGUUUGCAUACCCGCCCUUGCUCAUGUGUAAAGCUUGUUGAAAUACUUCACAAUAUCACGAUAUCUAUUUUCAGCUUUAAACUGCUCAUCUCCAACUGUGUGAAUCCCAUUUGUGCUAUUAAAAUGGUACAUGAAACCCA